CGUGUCACUUACGCACUCUAUCAACGAAAGAUUGAACUUAUAGUUAAGUGAGAAUAUUGGAAUAUGUAUAUUGUCGAUUUGUGUAAUCAAGAUUUGUUUUCUUGACAAACGUAUAUGACGUGCACGGCUGAACAAUAUACAACAUUAAUUGUUUCGGCAGAGAAAAGUUACAAAUAUUAUAAUAUGCAGUGGUUAAGAAUAUACUUAUAAUAAAAUCUUCUACUAAAAGUUAAAAUUUACUCAAGAAUGACUCGGGCUAACAGAAAGAGAGGGCGCGAUGCAGAAGAAGAAUCUAGUGAAUUUAUGCCAUUAAGUAAAAGAAUUAAUAAUCUUCAUAUUAAUGGUCUAUCAGGCAUGCAAGAAAAUGUGUCUGAAAACAUGGAAACAGAUUGUUGCAAUAGGAGUUUUAUGCCUUCUCCAAAUUAUUCAGAACUUUCUCAAGGAUCACCAUUGUACGAUGGAUAUAGCUCUAGCCAAAGUAGUUACAUAGCAGAAUAUAAACCUGAUUUAGAUGCUAUUGAAAAUCCAUUUUAUUAUGAAAGUAAUAAGCUACUAUUUUCUUUAUACAUGGAACGUAUACAGAGAACAUCUGAUUCAUUUUGAUAUCUCUAUUUUCAAAUUAUAAUUCCUAAUCAUUAAGCAUUUCUUGCAUGUCAUUUGUUUCAUUCCUUUUCAAUACAAUUUUAUUAAUUAAAUCAUUAAAAAUUUUAAAAAGUCCUGAAGAUCUUUAACAACAAUUUAUUAUUUAUUAUAUAAAUGAAAUUGUAUAUAUAAAAAGAAAAUUAAAUAUUUAAAAUUUUUUGUCACAUGAUAAUUCACAGUUAGACAAAUAGAAUUAAAAUUUAUAUUAUUAUGGUUAUGUUUAUGCUUUGAAUAAUUAUUUCAUUAUUGUUAUAGUAUAAUAUAUCAAUAUUAUAUUAAAUUGCUGAUUCUACAUAAGUGACGUGUCGUUGAUCUAUUAUAUUUUUAUUAUGAACAUUUAUUAGAUUGCAAAGUAUUUUGAGACUGUGAAAGCAUGGAAUAGCAUAUUUAUAAUAAAAAAAGAUUAUAAAAGGAAUAAAAAGCAUUAAAUGUUUUUAUUUAUUUUUAUUAUAUCACAUCAUAAAUAUAUAUAUUCACUUACAAUAAAAAAACACAAAAUCGAAAAAAAUGAUGACUUUACAAUAAAUUCUUCAUAUAACGCGCGCAAUAACAUGAAAAUAUGGCGGCUAUCGAAAUAUCUUCAAAAUAUCGAUUCUCGACCUAACCUCACUUCAGUCUCCGCUAGGUGCGCACAGAGUUAGUGUCGCUUUGUAGUGGUAAAGGAACGAAGUAACUGAGAGU